GUGUAUGUGUGACUCCCUCUUUAUCACCCUUUCCUCUCUGACAUUCCAGUGCAGUUGAGGGAUUGAGAGCCUGGAUACAGACACAGGAGGGAACACACGGCAAGGGAGUGAAAAGGAAUUCUUUAAUCUGGACUGUAGACUGAGAAGCUUUUUGUUUUUUUAUUUUAAUGAAACUCAAACUCUAAGCACACUCUAAUUGUGCCUUUGUUUGAUCUGAAUUCUUGGCAUCGCCAGUUGGAUAUUUCAUCAUAUUUUCUGUUGGUCAGUUUAAUUUUCUAUUCAAAUUGGUCGAGUAAUUGGUCACAAAGACUAGAACAUUGGUGCAUCAACACAGGGGCUGUGACAGCUCUGUCUCCUCCAUGAUGGCAGAACUCCUGCAGCCCAGCACUAACAGUCUCCAGGUCCCAGAUGAUGACAGAUCCAGGUCUACAUCUCCAAGCAGCUCUCCUUCUCCCUACAGAAACGACUGCAGUAUCGCUCCAAUCACUCCCUCGCCCUCUCCGAGGGCUGAGAUGAGACCACGUGUUGCAAGCCCGUUUUCUGUAGUGGUGGCUAUUGAUUUUGGCACUACGUCCAGUGGCUAUGCCUUCAGUUUCACAGAGGACCCAGAGGUCAUCCAUAUGAUGAGGCGAUGGGAGGGUGGAGAUCCAGGUGUGGCAAACCAGAAGAGCCCAACCUGCUUGCUGCUGACCCCUGAGCUGCGCUUCCACAGUUUCGGAUUUGCAGCACGAGACAGCUACCAUGAUUUGGAUCCUGAAGAAGCUAAACACUGGCUCUACUUCGACAAGUUCAAGAUGAAGAUUCAUAGCACUAGUGACCUCACAAUGAUGACAGAGCUGGAGUCAGUGAGCGGAAGGAGAGUUCGGGCCAUUGAGGUUUUUGCACAUGCUUUAAGAUUCUUCCGGGAGCAUGUUUUAAAAGAGGUGAAGGACCAGUGUUCAUCUGUACUGGAGGGUGAUGAAGUGAGAUGGGUCAUCACUGUUCCUGCUGUGUGGAGACAACCAGCCAAGCAGUUCAUGAGAGAGGCUGCUUACCUGGCAGGUCUUGUGGCUAGAGACUCGGCUGAGCAGCUGCUUAUUGCACUUGAACCUGAAGCUGCCUCAAUCUAUUGCAGAAAGCUCCGCCUUCAUCAGGUCAUUGACCUUAGCCAGAGACCAAUGACCAAUGGCCUGGACCUGGAUGGGCCCCGUCCCUUUGAUUCCAGCUUCAGGCAAGCACGUGAACAGCUUCGCAGGGCCAGACACAGCCGAACAUUCCUUGUCGAGAGUGGAACUGGGGAACUGUGGUCUGAGAUGAAGACAGGUGACAAGUACAUGGUGGCAGACUGUGGUGGCGGGACAGUGGAUCUCACAGUACAUCAAAUUGAGCAGCCUCAGGGAACAUUGAAGGAGCUGUACAAAGCAUCAGGGGGUCCGUACGGCGCUGUAGGUGUAGACCUGGCUUUUGAGGCCAUGCUGUGUAAGAUAUUUGGGACAGACUUCAUUGGAACAUUUAAAGCCAAGCGUCCAGCUGCCUGGGUGGAUCUGACCAUCGCCUUCGAGGCCCGCAAACGCACAGCAGCCCCAAGCAGAACGAGUGCACUCAACAUUUCCCUGCCCUUUUCCUUCAUCGACUUCUACAAGAGGCACUGCGGCCAGAGCGUGGAGACAGCAUUACGCAAGAGCAAUAUGAAUAUAGUAAAAUGGUCUUCUCAAGGGAUGCUAAGGCUCACGGCAGAGGCGACAAAUGAGCUUUUUCAGCCUACCAUUAGCAAGAUCAUCAAACACAUUGAGGACCUGAUGGAGAAGGAGGAAGUAAAGAAUGUAAGCUUCCUCUUUUUGGUCGGUGGCUUCGCUGAGUCUCCUAUGCUCCAACGUGCAGUCCAGAAUUCACUGGGCCAGCGCUGUCGGAUCAUCAUACCCCAGGAUGUGGGUCUUACCAUUUUGAAGGGGGCAGUGCUGUUUGGCUUGGACCCCACAGUCGUGCGAGUGCGCCGGUGCCCGUUAACGUACGGAGUCGGUGUCUUGAACCGCUUCGUUGAAGGUCGUCAUCCACAUGAGAAACUUCUCAUCAAAGAUGGCCGUCAGUGGUGCACAGACAUCCUCGAUCGUUUCGUUUGCACUGACCAGUCUGUGGCCUUGGGAGAGGUGGUUAGGCGGAGCUACACCCCAGCCAGGGUGGGACAAAAAAAGAUUAUAUUAAAUAUUUACUGCUGCACCAGUGAUGAUGUGGUGUACAUUACAGAUGCUGGAGUUAGAAAGUGUGGCACCAUAACUCUGGAUUUGCCCGAGUCAGAGACAAACGCCAUCGGCAACGGUGUGAACGCAGGAGCACUUGAGCGCAGGGAGAUACGAGCCACCAUGCAGUUCGGAGACACCGAAAUUAAAGUGACUGCUGUAGACAUGGCCACAGGGGGACAGGUCAAGGCCUCUAUUGACUUCCUGUCCAACUAAGCAUGCUUUGAAGAUGGUAGCUAUAAGAACAAUUUUAGAGACUAAUUUACCCAUUGGGGUGCCUGAAUGUUUUCUGUUUAUCAAACCGUAUCAUCAUUAGUUACAAAACCACUUAAAAACUUUAUUUUUGUAUACUGUUACUAUUGCUGAGUUAUUUUUAAGUAGGCUUUUUUUUCAUAAUCAACUCUUAUGCAUUUUCCCAAUCAGCGUUUUUGUAUUAAACCAACACCGCCAUCUAGCGGCUUGGGGAAAAACAGUCACCUCAAAACAUAAUGAAAUGCUAGAAAUCUUAAACACAUUACAAAUGUACACAAAUAUCCUCAUUUUUUUUUUUAAGUAGUACUUUUUUUUUUUUGCUAUGCAUUAACUUUGAAUAUGUAUAAAUACACAUUAUGAACACACAACCUAUUCUAGUAUCUUUGGUACAACCAGUCCAUCGAACUGCUUUAACCACUAUAUUAAAGUUCAGUACUCCACUUACAAA